CCUCCUCUCCACGUCAGGCCGAUGACACCGCCGCUGCCCCAAACUUUCCGCCAGCAGGAGCUAUAAGAGCCUCCAAGUCUGCAACUUUCUCCCAAUCCCAGACACCUCGAAGGGGCUCCAAGGAGGGAUCGGGAGGGGUGGGUUGUGGUGGGGUUUUUUUUUCUCUUGGAUCCUGAUGCCAUCCCCCCACCCCCCGAACUGAGGUCCUCCUCCCUCUCCUCCUCCUCCUCGCAGGCCCGCAAGCCGCGAUCCAGGGGGAGCUGGCGGGUUAGGUGCCCCCCUCUUCUCCCUGCCCCCCUCCGGGCCCGCGUCGUGUGUCCCCCCCAGAGAUGAUGCAGCAGGACGAAUCGAGCUCUCCAGUCUCCCCGGCCGACGACAGCCUGAGCAACAGCGAAGAGGAGCCCGACCGGCAGCAGCAGCCCAGCGGCAAGCGAGGGGGGCGCAAGCGGAGAUCCAGCCGGCGCAGCACAGGAGCGGCCGUCGGAGCCGGGGACGAGCCGUGCAGCCCGGCCCAAGGCAAGCGAGGCAAGAAGUCCGGCGCCGGGGGAGGCGGCGGCAGCAGCAGCGGCGGCGGCAGCCCCCAGUCCUACGAGGAGCUGCAGACCCAGCGGGUCAUGGCCAACGUGCGGGAGCGCCAGCGCACCCAGUCCCUGAACGAAGCCUUCGCCGCCCUGCGGAAGAUCAUCCCCACCCUGCCCUCGGACAAGCUCAGCAAGAUCCAGACCCUCAAGCUGGCGGCCAGGUACAUCGACUUCCUCUACCAGGUCUUACAGAGCGACGAGCUGGACUCCAAGAUGGCCAGCUGCAGCUAUGUGGCCCACGAGCGGCUCAGCUACGCCUUCUCCGUGUGGAGGAUGGAGGGCGCCUGGUCCAUGUCCGCAUCCCACUAGCAGGGAGGGGCCCCCACCCGCACCCCCAGGGAAGGAGACCUAGAUGACAUUGUUUCCAAAGAAGGAGAAAAUGGACAGUCUAGAGACUCUGAAGUUGGAUACCAUUUUUUUAAAAAAAUAAUAAAAAAAAAAUAUGCCAAGGAUUUUCUUGGAAAUUAGAAGAGCUAUAACCAAAUUCAAAGCAGGGCGUGGGGAGCACUUAAAGAAAGAAAGAGGCAAGGGUGCUUGGACAGUGACCACCCAGAUAGGCAUCUGCACAAUCCACACCUCUCUGCAUUCUGAUAGAAGUCUGAACAGUGGUUUGGUUUUUUUUUUUUUAAUUUUGACGAAGAAUGUUGGAAUUUAAUUUUUUUUUUUGCAUGCAUGCAUUCCCAAGAGGUCGGGCCUAUGAUCCAUUGAGAAAAGGAAAAUACAUUAUUGUGGACUUUCGCCGUUCUUGAAUGGUCAUAAUGAAAAACAAAACAAACGUUAGAGACGAACACUUUUUAGGGGGAAAACAAACUGGGCUCAAACUGUUAUACACAAACCUACCCGGUUCCUACUUUUUUAUUAUUAUUUUUUCCUCUGAGAAAAAAAAUAAACAUUUUAUUUAUUUAUUGAUGACCCAUGUUAAAAUGCAAAUAGAUCCGGUGUCUAAAUGCAUUCAUAUUUUUAUGGUUGUUUUGUAAAUAUCAUUGUAUAUUAUUUUUCUGCAAUAAAUAAAUAUGAUUGAAA